CUAAACAUUCAGUCAACAAGAUGAUAUCUGCAGAUUUCCUUGGCUGUCUUCUGCUCUUCUCGCAGGGCGUGUGCCUCGCUGUGGGUGCAGCUGUCAAGGAGGACACACCAGAAGUCGUGGUCCUUUCGGGUGAAGACUCUAUCCUUCCGUGCAAAGCGAAAUUCAAGCCCGGAGUCCAGUACCUUGCAGUGAGAUGGUACAAGGUUUCAGAGAGCCCAUCGUCUGCUCGUAAUGGCCUUUUGACCAGAGACCUCCCAGAUGGUACGACGAGAUGGUACGAUGGCGUGGAGAGAGAUGUGGCGCUGGUCAACGAGACCCACGACAUCCUCCUGGCCGACACAACGUGCAGUGACGCCGGCGUGUACAUGUGUCACCUGGCAGCACCUGUGGGAGAGCAAAACCAGGACGGCUACGUUCACCUGGUGCUGGCAGAUUGUCCAGCUGCUCCCACAGAAAGUCUGGAGAGAGAUGAUUACUUGAUUCUUUUCGCCUCCGUAGUGAUAAUGAUAGCACUUCUGCUGUCUUUCAUAAGCUACGUUUGUUUGACGAAUGGAUUGAGAGAAAGAAACAAACAACAACAGCAAGAACAAAUAACAAAAGAAGAUUUUUUCCUGAACAAACCAGUGGAACCAAAAGACUUGAAGUUGAUCUACACUUUGGGUCCAAAACCAUCCACAAAAACUAUACUCUGUGUGUAAAGAUGAGGACUAACGUUGGCCAAUAGAAUAAGUACACUCUGCCCUGACAUGUGGAAACUGAUGGAAAUCGGAAGAUUAUGCGACAACCUUUCAAAAAUCAUCAGAAAAGUCAGAUAUAGAGCUGGAUCUCCACAGAUGCCAAGAUGCUGGAGAAACUGGUGACCUGGUUCAAAGAGCAGGUCCAGUAAUCAGACGUCGGUUGGUCAGUCUGUGGGUUAAAUAUAAAAGAGCCACUGGUUAAGACAGAAAGACAGUGAGUUUGCAUGAGCAGUCAGUCAAAGAUUCACAUUUAUUUUGUAAAAACCUGAAUUUUUCAGGUGAUAUUACUUUAAUUGCGCCCCAUAGCUAAAAGUUUUAUUAAGAAAAUGACGUUUUUCUGCAGGCAGACAAACACAAACAUAUAAAAACUGUACUGUCAAGUCAGGCAAACAGUGACUGUGCAGGAUGGAGCCAAGAAGGUUCACAGUUGCGUUGUUUGUGCACAUGUAGUCAUGUAGUGGAAGAUGUGUGAGUAUCAGGAGUAAAAGGCACUGAUGUUAUUCAUGAGACUGAAAUGUCCCACCGUAGUAAGAGGAUCUGUACUUUUAUGUGUUUGUCAAGAAUUCUAAUGUUUACACAGAGGAUGGAUGCAUUCCUACAAGUUUAAAGUGUCCACACUGAAAAUUACUUUAAACUACCUGCUUUAAUUGAGCCAUGACAGAAGCUACCAUUCUGGAUUCUGUUAAUUGUUUUAUGUUCUCAUAUUUUCUUGUUUUCUUUCUUUAAAGCAGACCUUUUAAUAAGCUAUUGUUAUAUAAGUGAUUUUCUGGAUUAAAUCUAUAUUAUUGACUUAUUAAUGUUGUAACUUGAAAAAAAAUUAUGUUCAGAGAAUUAUUCUCAGGAAGUACCACAUCUGUAAAUGACCUUCAAGAACAACAACACCAAAAAAAGGAGACUUUUGUCACUUGAAAUGUUAAAAAACAAAGUGACCUUCUAAAGAAGAAGUGAAACAUGAUGACAUAUAGGAACACCCGUGAUCUAUUUGCAUUUAGCGUGACAUUUGUUUUGGGGAAAGUCCUAAGAGCGGGUCAGUGUAGUCUGGAUUUAUUUUUAUCGGUCCACUUCUUAUUUUUUAUGUCCGCAUUUAGGUCUUCGCCUGUUCGUUCCAACGUGUUUGGUAACAGACAUAAAAGUUCUUUUGUUGCUGCUCCACAGCAACAUGUAUAUUGCCUAAAUCUUCAA